CAGUGUCAUAGUUUUGAUCAGACCACUCCUCCAAAAUUGGUAAAUGUUUAACUCUUUACCCUAGCGGAAUGUACUCCGCUCCAGACUGACCACCACGCUACCGUAAUGUGGCCCAAACAAAGCCUCAACUUCGUGCACGACAUCCUGGUCCCAGAGAGUACUCCAUCACCGAAGUUCUACAUUCUGCCGGAGGAGAACAGGCUGCAGCUAGAGAAUGUACAGAAAGAAGUGUGUCAGUACCGGCUGCAUUUUAAGGCAGUUGAGGCAGACCGCUCCGCUGUCUGCGCGGAGCGAGUCAAUGACCUGGCUGACGCCGUACAACUGUCUGCCCAUCUGGAGCCGUCGGCUGAGUCGCAACGCGGAGGGCGACCAGAGGCAAUGCAACGCAACUCUGUGCCGGAACUUCGACGUGGAGGUGGAAGGCCGGCUGUGGUCCCUGUGGGGCGGUCUGCAUCCGAAGGCACCUUGGUUCGACGGGUCUGUCCGAGGGCGUCAGACGCUGGGAUGCUGCGUGGUGGCAUGCUGUGUGGCCAGCUCAUUCCGGCGUCUUGGCGAGUGGAGCGGGAAGAUCCUUGACGCGAUCGUGGUCAACGGUGACCGGUAUUAUCGCGCCAGCGUGGAGCAGAGCCAGCGUUGGGACCACCAACUGGGUGUGGACGAUAUGUGCCAUGAGUGCCAGUUUCAGGACCUUCGGUUCCUGGUGCAAAUGGAGCUGGUGGCUUUCGGACAUGUUUACAGUGCUCCAGCCAGUACCGCCAUGAGUCUGCUGGAGGGCCUCAACUACUUCUUUACGCGGUACCAAUACGGCGUGCUAGAGUGUCAGGAGCGGCGCUUCUCCUUCGGGCGCUCCUCUAGCCGUGAUGGUGGCUACUUUCUGUUCGACUGUUCCGCGUGGGGCCAACCACUCUUUCCAGACGACAUGGGCGCCUCCUAUUUACUACUGGCCAAGCAUCUGCAGAUGCUCCUCUAUUGCGUUGUGGUCACUCUUAAUUUGCGGCGCCGAAAUGUCGAGUUUCGGCUUUAUAACGUGGACAUGGCCCGCAUGCCUAUCGAUUCGCAUAACCGAUAUCACGAUCCCGCAGAGAAGCAUUUAUUGAUCUAAGCUUCAGGUAGCCGGUUCAGUUUUGUGGAAGGUUGAAGAUAGAGAUAGGCAAUAAAAUGAAUUAAUCUCUUAAUUACCCAAAGAUACUAUGUUACAGGUAAGAGAGAAUCUGUCAUACUCAUAUUGGAGUACUACGUCGUAAUCUUUCCUGGGCAAAAUAAUCAAAAUUUCUGAAAGUCCAGGGGCAUCAAUAUGUGAUCUUCAAAAUGCUUCUUUUUAUUCGACAUAAAGUUGCGCUAAGAGGAGCCAAUUCUUAAAGCGCCCCACUAUGUGGAUGUGGCCAAGCAACCAACUGACUCAGAAAACCAGUUUCGUUUCAAAACCAAAACAAAAGAUUUCUUAGUUCUCUUUUUGGCUGGCAAGUCGCGAAAAGUUAAAAAUAAAACAAACAAAACAAAUAAUAAAUAAAAGUAAAACCUG